AUGUUAAAUAACUUGGUCGUUUCACCUGAGCGUAUUAGCUUUGCACAUCCUUGUCGUCCAGUCAACCACUUGAAGUACGCCAAGGAGCAGAUGGUGGUCAAUGGCACGGUGGACAAUGAGUACGAGGUUUACAAGCUCUAUAAGCACUAUCCCAACUCCAAUCUAAUUGUAAGAUUCAAAAGCGAGGCCAGGGCACUGCAUUUUUUGAGCGAAAAGUUUGGAUGCAAUGUGAAGGCGGAUGCCGCUGCCCUACUGCUCCUGCCCAAGGCCUUGGAUCUGAAGGUUACUGGCACUAGUUUCCAUGUAGGUUCCGGAUGCAGCGAGGUGGAGGCCUACGACCGGGCCAUCGAAAAAGCCGAGAACAUCUUCAAGUGCGGCGAGCUUAUUGGUCAUGACAUGAAUUUAAUGGACAUUGGCGGUGGUUUUCCCGGCACCGAUGAUGCACUGUUCGAGAAUAUUGCUGACGCUGUAAACACCUCGGUGCAGCUCCGUUUCCCCGAUGAGCGGGUCCAAAUAAUUGCCGAACCAGGACGUUUCUUUGUGGAGGCUGCUUACACUUUGAUCUGUAAGAUCCAUGCCAAGCGGGAGGUCCGAAAUAAAGCUGGGAAGUUGGACACAUUAAUGUAUUACAUAAAUGACGGCAUCUACGGGUUCCUGGCCUGCACUUUUACACCUCCGUAGUUGUGACUCCUGAAGUUUUCCUGGUAAGAACUAGCAUCGAUACCCAGUAUUUUGAAAUUUUUCAAGCAGCAUUGAAAUCAAUUAUCCAGUUGGAGCCGAUUCCAUGCCAAAGUUCAAGUCUGUGAUAGGGUUGCGAUGCCCAGGAUAGGAUUUUGGAGGAGCAGCACUUGCCCAACUUGAACCGAGGUGAUCUCGUAGUGUUUCGCAACAUGGGAGCCUACGCAAAGACCAUGGCCAAGCCGUUCAAUGGAUUUGAAGUGCCAGUAACACUGUUUUUUCGGGCAAAAUAGUAAUAAAAAUAACACCUGCUUGCAUUUGUAA